GGCCCGUUAGCAGGAAACCAAGCAAUCGCCCCGACGCUGGAGAGCCACGCAGUCUGAGUCCCGGCCGUCAUCCCAAAUCUUUGUGUUAAUAAGUGCCCAGCACUGCCCGACAGCUCGAGCCAAACUUCGUCAACCACUAUGCCCAAGACGAUCAAUGUGCGUGUGACCACCAUGGAUGCAGAGCUGGAGUUUGCUAUCCAACCCAACACCACUGGCAAGCAGCUGUUUGACCAGGUAGUCAAAACUAUUGGCUUGAGGGAAGUUUGGUUCUUCGGUCUGCAGUACCAGGACACUAAGGGUUUUUCCACUUGGCUAAAACUCAAUAAGAAGGUGACAGCCCAGGAUGUACGGAAGGAAAGCCCCCUACUAUUCAAGUUCCGGGCCAAAUUUUACCCUGAGGAUGUAGCUGAGGAAUUGAUCCAGGACAUCACUCAGCGGCUGUUCUUCUUACAAGUAAAGGAGGGUAUUCUCAAUGAUGAUAUUUACUGCCCACCUGAGACUGCUGUACUGCUGGCCUCAUAUGCUGUCCAGUCCAACUAUGGCGACUUCAAUAAGGAUGUGCACAAGUCGGGCUACUUGGCUGGUGACAAGUUGCUGCCCCAGAGGGUCCUGGAACAGCACAAACUCAACAAGGACCAAUGGGAGGAGCGGGUCCAGGUUUGGCAUGAGGAGCACCGGAGUAUGCUCAAGGAGGAUGCUGUCCUGGAGUAUCUGAAGAUUUCCCAGGACCUGGAGAUGUAUGGUGUGAACUACUUCAGCAUCAAGAAUAAGAAAGGCUCAGAGCUAUGGCUGGGGGUGGAUGCUUUGGGUCUCAACAUCUAUGAGCAGAACGAUAGACUAACUCCCAAGAUAGGCUUUCCCUGGAGUGAAAUCAGGAACAUCUCUUUCAAUGACAAGAAAUUUGUCAUCAAACCCAUUGACAAAAAAGCUCCGGAUUUUAUCUUCUAUGCUCCCCGGUUGCGGAUUAACAAGCGGAUCUUGGCCCUAUGCAUGGGAAAUCAUGAGCUAUAUAUGCGUCGCCGCAAACCUGACACUAUUGAGGUGCAGCAGAUGAAGGCACAGGCCCGAGAAGAGAAGCACCAGAAGCAGAUGGAGCGUGCUCUGCUGGAAAAUGAGAAGAAGAAGCGGGAGAUGGCAGAGAAGGAGAAGGAGAAGAUUGAACGGGAGAAGGAGGAGCUGAUGGAGAGGCUAAAGCAGAUAGAGGAACAGACUAAAAAGGCUCAGGAAGAAUUGGAAGAACAGACCCGCAGGGCCCUGGAACUUGAGCACGAGAGGAAGCGUGCCAAGAAUGAGGCUGAAAAAUUGGCUAAGGAGCGUCAAGAAGCUGAAGAGGCCAAGAAGGCCCUGUUGCAGGCCUCUCAGGACCAGAAGAAAACCCAGGAGCAGCUGGCCUUGGAAAUGGCUGAGCUCACAACUCGCAUCUCCCAACUGGAGAUGGCCCGCCAGAAGAAGGAGAGUGAGGCUGUGGAGUGGCAACAGAAGGCCCAGAUGGUACAGGAAGACUUAGAAAAGACCCGUGCUGAGCUGAAGACUGCCAUGAGUACACCUCAUGUAGCAGAACCUGCUGAGAAUGAGCAGGAUGACAAUGGGGCAGAGGCCAGUGCUGAUCUUCAGGCUGAUGCCAUGGCCAAGGACCGCAGUGAGGAAGACCGUACCACUGAGGCAGAGAAGAAUGAGCGUGUGCAGAAGCACCUGAAGGCCCUUACUUCAGAGCUGGCCAAUGCCCGUGAUGAGUCUAAGAAGACUGCCAAUGAUAUGAUCCAUGCUGAGAAUAUGCGGUUGGGCCGAGACAAAUACAAGACCCUACGCCAAAUCCGGCAGGGCAACACCAAGCAGCGCAUCGAUGAGUUUGAGUCUAUGUAGUGGGCACCAAGUCUCUUCAGACCAUUCCAGUUCUUCCUUACCCACAUUGCUACACCCUUGCCUAACUCACACUAUGCUGGAUCCACUAACUAGAGCAACCUUGAGUCAUAAUGAACUUCCAGUGCAACCAUGGGACCAAAUCUAAACCCUCAGUCUUCACCCACUUCCUUGGGCACAAAAACGGCCCACUGUGAUAUUAAUGGAACUCAUUUUCCUGUCUUUGUUCCCUUUAAUCUGCUAGAAGUGAUCACUUUCACAAAUCAGAGGUACUUUCCAUUUGAUUUUGAAAACAGCUCCACAUUCUCUGGGAGUUAAAAAUUGGAUUGAUUGAAAACUAGUCCUCCUCCCCUACUCCACUGCUGUAUUCCUUGUCAGGAUCCUGUGAUUUAGGGUGUUGGAAUAUGACAGGAUUUACAGAAGGAGGCAGGGCAUUUGCUCUAGGAUGUCAAAUGACCUAGGAUUUGACUUGCCAAUGUCCAUUCCUUCUAGAAAAAUCUAGACUUUAUAGUGAUUACAGAUUAAAUAAAUGUUCAGCCAUUCCCAGAUUGGGCCUGUUACAAUCUCACGUCCAAUAAGCCUUUUCCUUGAAUUCAGGCACUUGGUUUCUCCCAGGAUUGGGGACAUGGUGCCUCUAAGAGGCUUUGCCAACAUCCUAUAAGGUCAUUGACCAUUCUAUUCAGAUAAAUCUAGGUAAAAGAUUAUGCCCCUGUGCCUUAUGGAAGUUUAGGCUUAUCUCAAGGGAAAGCAGAAGCCUAUAUGAUUCUGGGUCCCUAGGCUGCUGUUUUUCUUCAUUAGAUAUGCCCCUUCUCAAAAAUAAUUAUCACCAAAUCAUCCAGCUAUAACAGUAGGGAUGGGUAUCCAGAGCUCAGAAAACACCAUUUAGGGUUUUUAACUUCUUUUUAUCCUAAAAUAGAGAAAAUGUUCACAUCUGGCUUCAGUAUUAUUCCUGCCAAGUUUCCCAGAUCACUUCUCCCUUCAGAUACUUGGGCCCUAACUCUGCUUUGGUGUCAUCUAGGUGACUUUAUGAUCCCUAGAGUGUGGUUUAAUUGGUAGGUAGGUGAAAGGAAGUAUGGUGAGAAAAACACUUGGCCUUUAUGACACAAUUUGUUUAACCCCCUCAAAUACCCAACACCCACUUUCCAUUCACUCCCUUCCAAGGUAGUUACUGGGCUAUGCCUCUUCAACAAACCUUCUGCCCUUUCAACUAUAAACCAGGGAGCUAUGUAAGGACUCCUGGUGCCUUCCACAUCCUCAUACCUUGCCCUCAACCCAAAAGCAGCCUCCUUCUCUCCUCUGUCUCAAAAAUGCUCUGUUUCUUUCUACCAGUAUUUUAUAUUCCAAUAAUAUCAAGCUCAAUACUGAUUUCUGCUGAUCUUACUAAUGCACCAUUAGAAGAUAUUAGUCUUAAAGCAGGACUAUAUUGGCCUCAUACCCAUAUUACCCUCACACAUAAGAAGUUUAUACUGUAUUAUAUAGUAUGUUUUGACAGGAAAAUUAAUGUAAGAACUUUUCAAUCUUGGUAAUGCCACUUGUCACUAUAGAUCAUGCACUCCAUUCUUAAAGUACUUUGUAUUUUGUUUUUCUUUUCCUGUUUGCCUUUUGUCCAGACUGUGGUCUAUAAGGGGGUAUCCCGUCCCUCCUUAUGGAACACAACUGCCUUGUUUUUUCCCUCCUUGCCUAACCUUGGGGAGUCUUGUGUUGCUGUGAAGUAUAUUGACACUCUCUUUUUGUGAUAUGCCUUAUAUUGGCUAAAUUCAAAUCUAUAGUUCUGGGGUAGCUUAGUCACCUUAGAGGCAAUAACUCACUCCCAGAGAGACAGAGGAGAAAGGGGUUUUGUGAGGAGGAGUUUUGUGUGCAUCUGUGGGGGUGGGGGAGUUUCUAUAUUUUAGAAGGUUUAUGUUCAACCCAUGUCCUUUUUCAGUGCAAAUAAAGUUUAAGAAGACUUCA